CAGAGACUGAAGGUCAUGGAGUGUAAGGUCAGACUGCUGGACGGCUCAGACUACACCUGCACCGUGGAGAAAAGAGUGAAAGGUCAGGUGCUGUUCGAUAAGGUUUGUGAUCACCUGAAUCUCCUGGAGAAGGACUAUUUCGGCAUCACGUACCGGGACGAUGAAAACCAGAAGAACUGGCUGGACAUUUCCAAAGAGAUGAAGAAGCAGAUCAGCACUGGUCCCUGGAACUGUGCCUUCAGCGUGAAGUUUUAUCCUCCCGAUCCAUCGCAGCUCUCCGAGGACAUCACCAGGUAUUUCCUGUGUCUGCAGCUGAGAGAUGAUGUGGUUUCUGGACGUUUGCCGUGUUCUUUCACCACUCACACGGUGUUGGGCUCCUACACGGUUCAGUCGGAGCUGGGAGACUGUGACUCUGAGCUGCAGGGCUCCAGUUACAUCAGUGACAUGUGUUUGGCCCCGAAUCAGACCAAAGAGCUGGAGGAGAAAGUGCUGGAGCUCCACCGCGGACACAAAGGAAUGACUCCUGCUGAAGCUGACAUGAUGUUCCUGGAAAAUGCAAAGAAACUCUCCAUGUACGGAGUCGACCUGCAUCAUGCCAAGGAUUCGGAGGGUGUGGAGAUCAUGCUGGGAGUUUGUUCCAGCGGCCUCCUCGUCUACAGAGAUAAACUGCGCAUCAAUCGCUUCGCCUGGCCCAAAAUAAUCAAGAUCUCCUACAAGAGGAACAACUUCUACAUCAGAGUGCGUCCAGGAGAGCUGGAACAGUUCGAGAGCACCAUCGGUUUCAAGCUCUUCAGUCACAAAGCAGCAAAGAGACUCUGGAAAGUGUGUGUGGAGCAUCACACCUUCUUCAGGCUGGUUUCUCCUGAAGCUCCGCCCAAGCGCUUCCUGUCGUUGGGCUCAAAGUUCCGCUACAGCGGCCGAACACAAGCGCAGACGCGCCGCGCUAGCUCUCAGAUCGCUCGGGCCGCUCCACAGUUCCAGCGACGACACACGGUCACCGCUAGCAUGGACAGCACGACGGUCAACCAUGACAACGGGAAAAACGCCAAACCUGCUGUUGCUAUAGAUGACCUCAUCGCCUUGGAAACGCCAGAGAAGAAAGCAGAGGAGAUGAACUCAGUGGAGGAGGAGAAUAAAACCAGCGGUGACGAAUCAGAACAGGCCCCGCCCCCCUCCGUCACCAAGUCGUGUCCGUACUCAUCGGAUCCGUUGGGAUCUGAGCUCUCUCUCCCGUCUUCUCCCGUCUCGUCCACUAAAGUGCGCAGGAGACGCAGAGAAAGCAGCCGCAAGCGUGCUUCCUCCGUCAGUCCGGCCAAAACCACAGCGGGCUGCCGGCGGCGUCAGGCCCAAGCGGAUCGUAAAGCGGCUCUUCUGGAGGAACGAGCGCUGCUUCUGUCCGCACGCAAGCAGAGACUGGACCAGAGCCGCAGCCGAGGAGGAACGCUCUUCUCCUUCUCUCUGCAUCUCCCCGAUCUGCCCUCGCUGCUGGACGACGACGGUUACCUGAGCUUCCCUGACCUCACCGAGCUGCGCUUCCUGCCCGAGAGCCUGCAUCACUUCAUGCCCAUCAAGUCUCCCUCACUCAUCCCCUGCUUCCUCUUCAUCUUCUUCUUCCUGCUCUCCACCUCGUUCUCCGUGCCGUACGCGCUCACACUCUCCUUCCCGCUGGCGCUGUGUCUCUGCUAUCUGGAGCCCAGGGCCGCGUCGCUCGGAUCGUCUCUGGCGCAGGGCUUCCAGGACCGUUCAGACGAUGAGACAGACAGCGAUCAAACCAACUUCACUUGUGAUGAUGACACAUCGGCGACUGAGUCUGACUUUGAGGACAGCUUUGACAUAAGGACACAGAUGUCAGAGGAGGAUAAAGCUGAACCUGAAGAUGUUCCAGUGAAGCCGGAUCGUUCGUCUGAUGCUGUGGAGCAGUCGGAGGAAGCGGUUCAAGAUGUUGCUGUGGUUCACACCGAGACCAAGACCAUCACAUACGAGUCUUCAGAGGUUGAUGCGGAUGGUGACUCAGAUGCAGGCGUCUUCAUGAGCGCUCAGACCAUCACAUCAGAGAACAACAGCAGCAGCACCACCACACACAUCACCAAGACGGUGAAGGACGGUGUUUCAGAGACUCGCAUCGAGAAGAGGAUCGUCAUCACAGGAGACGCAGACAUGGACCACGACCAGGCUCUGGCUCAGGCCAUUAAAGAGGUCAAAGAGCAGCACCCAGACAUGUCGGUCACUAGAGUAGUGGUUCAUACAGAGACAGAGAUCUCAGCGGCUGACGGUGACGUGUGAGGUAAGAGGGAAUGAACUCAUCAGCUCAGAACCAGCUCGUGACCUCUGACCUUUGACCUCCAGAUCUUCGUCAUCAAGCCAUCAGCUGCACCCUCGUCAAACUGAGAUGAUGGACUCAGAAACCAAAAAGGGGGAAAAGUGAAAUUUCCAGGAAAAAAUCUUCGCCUUAAAAACACCUGAUUUCUUCAAAUGAUUCAAAAUAUUAAUUUCUGCCACUUCGGUUUCUUUCACAGACACACGUCCAGGUCUAAAUCAUGAAAUUUCAAGCUCCAGAAAACAAACGCGGCUGAAUUGAAUCAGAAGUGCAUUUUUAUUGCAGUAGUUGUUUCACAUGAGUUGAUGUUUUUCUGGCACUAUGCGUUAUACAUGCAAAUGAGUGAAGAGAAACACUGAAACUCCCUGAGAAAUCCCUCCGCCUGACCUUUGACCUCUUCCUACAUCUGACCCUGACAGGGCUCUGCUGUUUCAGAGUGUAAUGGGACAGAAAUGAGAGAUACGUGUCAUCGAUGUGAUCUGUUUUGAGUUUUUAUUUGGUAAUAAAAGACUGUUGAAAUGGAUCUGUUUGUGAUCAUUGAGGAUCUGCUCACGCAGCUUCAUCAACAGUGAGAUAUCAGAAAUCAUGUUUCACAUUAUUCAACUUUUUAUUUACAGAAACUAGGAGAGGCAAUGUAUUAAUUGAGUAUUUUUCAAUAAAAAGCAUGAUUUCCAAAUGCA